AGAGUCGCUCCAUUGUUUCGAUUGAGAGGCGGAAGAUCUUUCCUAUUUCCAGCUGGGAUUAUUGUGUCAGUGUGUAGCUGCCUCCCUUCAUGUGCACGCCACGCCGCCAAGUCCGUAAGAACAAGGGACGAAAAAAUUGCAGCUGUCACGUCUUGCAAACUAAUGCUUUUGCACAUUAAAAAAAAGGAAGGCAAAGAUCGAUGUGAAAAGCAGAGCAGCCUCGGGCUUGCCUGUACGUCGUGACCAAGCUCCCGUUCAACAUUUGAUCUUCAGGAUUUUCUUCAAGGGGAGGGGAAGACAGCAAAAAAUGAAAAACAGAACUCAAAUGCCAUACCAGGACUAAACAGAGUAUGCCAACUGAAGUGAGUCAAGUUUAAUGGAGAAUUAAGGUGCGACGUGGAGCAGAAGAAUGAAGGCAGGAAAAGAACGGGAACUAACUGGGAAAUCUCAGUGAGAUUCAGAUCAUCAGGUUUCAAAGGGCUCAACUGUUCUAUGUUCCUGCUGUCUGACUGCGAAUGGAAUGUCAACAGGAUUUCCCUUCCUGGCUGGUGGGCUCCUUGUGGUGACAGGAUUCGCACUGGAGCACCUUCCCCUGCCCGUUCAGUGACCUUCAAUGCAAGAAGACAUAUUGGGAACACAAUAGAUUCAAUGAAACAGGACUCAGAAUGCACUGUACUAUAGCGAGCAUAUGCAGUCCAUUGUCUUGGGGAGUUGAAUCUGAAAGUGAGCUGUCAUAAAGCGAAUGUUCGAAAAACGGUGGACACCUGUAUACGGCAUGAAAUUCUUCAAUUCCAGGUCACCACGAAGCCAAGAAAGAAAAGAAGAGAAAGAGAACUGAUGAUACUGUAAUGUUCUCCCCAUGUGUCCUUGGCAUUCGCACUCAUGGGGAUGUAGACAGCGCUGACCAACACAACAGAAAACUCCCUGAGCAGGCAGUCAUAAAAACAAACACCAUGGAAUCUGUUCAAAGAAAACAUCAAACAACCAUCAUGUGAAAAGAAGAAGUAAUUGCGCAAACAACAGAAAACAAGUGAACAGCACAUAGGAUAUUAAACAUCAAACCAGGAGUCGUGUGGUGUUCAGUUUAGAACAGUUCUGCUCCAUGCAACAAGGUGGCUGCAGAUCGGUCUUCUCCAAAGUGCCCCAGUCUUCACCAAAUGCCUCGCUCAAACAAUUCAAACUCAGCAAAAAUAUGUAACCAGAAUCCAGAAACACAUGCGACAUAAAUCUCAAAAGUCCCCCAAAAAUGACUCCACAGUCAUGAGCCUUGCCAAUCAACCCUUACAACGUGAAGCCCAAGACUCCGGUUCUUUCCUCUGACAGCAGCUAGCGUGAGAGAAGACCAGUCAAACACAGACACCUGCCCAUCCUCCGCUGUCGCCUUUGUCGACUUCUUCCUAGCUCAACGCCUCUAUCUGAGAAAUCAAUGGCUCACGGCCCAUCUCCAGGCUUCCGGCCCCGUGCUCUGGUCCCAACCUCAGCGAGCUCCAUCGGAGACAGCAAGUUGCAGUUGCUGUAAAUAAUUUUGAAGCACCAUGAGCGGAAUUUUGAAGCGAAAGUUUGAAGAUGUUGAAGGAACCUCACCAUGUUUCUCUGUGAGGGAGUCGGAUGAUGAAGUCUCUGGGAGUGAGAGUGCUGAGAGUGGUGACAGUGUCAACCCAUCCACUUCCAGCCAUUUCACUCCGUCAUCUAUUCUGAAAAGGGAGAAGCGGAUGAGAACAAAGAAUGUUCGCUUUGAUUAUGUGACUGUGUAUUACUUCACACGGAGACAGGGCUUCACCAGCGUUCCCAGCCAAGGGGGCAGCACACUGGGAAUGUCCAAGCGACACAAGUGUGUACGACAAUACACACUUGGGGAAUUUGCACUGGAACAAGAGAGACUCCAUGGAGAAAUGCUGAAGGAACAUCUGAAGGAGGAGAAACUGAAUUCAUUAAAACUGAAGCUAACGAAAAAUGGAACGGUGGAAUCUGAAGAGGCCAAUACACUCACAUUAGAUGAUAUUUCUGAUGAUGACAUUGAUCUCGAUAACACGGAGGUAGAUGACUAUUUCUUCCUACAACCAUUGCCAACCAAAAAGAGAAGGGCGUUGUUACGAGCUUCAGGUGUUAAAAAGAUUGAUGGAGAAGAAAAGCAUGAGCUGCGUGCAAUUCGAGUGUCUAGGGAAGAUUGUGGCUGUGACUGUCGAAUUUAUUGUGAUCCUGAACUUUGUGCUUGUAGUCAAGCAGGGAUUAAGUGCCAGGUGGACCGUAUGUCUUUUCCGUGUGGAUGCACAAAGGAAGGGUGCAGCAAUUCCGCAGGCAGGAUUGAGUUCAACCCUAUCAGGGUACGGACACACUUUUUGCACACGAUAAUGAAGCUGGAAUUGGAAAAAAACCAGCAGCAGCUUGGAAUGGAGAACGGUUUCUCAGGAGACGUGAACGCCCACGCUGGCCACUUGGUGCCGAGCCAGCAGCCCCACAACUAUCCUGUCGCGGAAAGCUUUGACAUCGAAAACGAACCGGAAACGGCGGUGAUGCACCUACAGUCAGCCGAGGACCUGGACUGGCAGGCAGAUGACGACGAGGAAGAGGAGGAGGAAGAGGAAGAGGAGGAAGAAGAGGACGAUGAUGGGAGUAGUCUGUGUAGUGUCAUCACAGACUCUAGCAUUCAGAGCUUGGCAGCCAGCGAGUCAGACGAGGAGGCAGACAGCAAAGUACUGGGCGCCCCUGUUGUGGCACAGCCUGAGGCUGUUUCCCUUCCAUCUGUAUUAUGUUAUGCUGAUGGCACUUCGGUGCAUGAUGGCACACCACUAGAGGCCGUCCCUUAUUAUACUAAUUCAUCAACACUGUACUAUCAGAUAGAGUGUAACGCCACGGCUGCCACCACUACCGUUACUACCAGCACCACAACCGCUGCCACGGAUUGUGGCAACGAGCCUUUCUGUGUAGAAGCCACCUUAACCUCAAACUAUACUGAGAGGAGUCAGGAGACGGGAGCACUUUCCUUGGUGCCUUACGGUUCAGCUACAGAUCAGUACAUUGAGUACACGCAGCAACAGCCAGAGGGAAGCUUUACGAGUGCUCACUACCCCAUCACAACACCCUCUGUGAUCGUGUGUUGUCCCUCGGCACACGAAAACAAUGCACAGUGUAACGGUUUAUACUCUGAGCAGCAGCCCAGCCACUCUCGAGCGGAGCUACAGAGCUAUUUAAAUAACCACAUGCAAGACGAUUACGUUGCAGCUUCAAACGGGGAUGUUUAUGCACCCAAGCAGGUACUGGAAAAUACCAUCAUCCUCCCAGAGGGUAGUGCGUUGCUAGAAGAGACAAUCAAAAACAUCAGUAGUGGAAGCUCUGUCUGUUUAGUUUGAUCAGCUGCUGUCAGAAUGGGGAAAAAACUAUUUAAUAGUUUACAGUUUUUAAACAGUCGUCACCUUUAGUUCAACUGAUCAGUAGCGGUGAUUAAUACCACUUAAUUUCUGUGGUUUAAAGAAGGCAAAAAUGUAAUUGGAAGUGAGUUUCAUGCAUAGCUGUGAAACACUGCAUUAAACAUUGUGAUUUAAUGUAAGCCAUUCAAGUCACUAAUAAUUUAUUUGACUUUCUAAUGCAUUUUAACUGUUAAAUAAGCAUCACUGAUAAUGGACACCAAGUCAGCCAGGUUGAAUCUUCCUUCUUGGCUUUUUCUCAAUGUGACAAUCUCAAAAAAUUUAAAUAAGGUCCCUGUUUUCAUCAGAAACGUGGAAAGAUUAUUUAUGUACUGUACAUGUGAAAAUCGUGAAAAUAAUUUGUGAAUUUAUUUAUGCCAGUCAGUGUACAAUUACGUGAAGUAUAUGUUAAAUAUUUCUUUGAUUAAUGGCAAGGGCAACUGAUAAUCCAAUUUGUAAUAACAGCAAAGAUUGUUUGAAAUGAUCAAGACGUCAUUUUCACUUAAGGAGUUAUUUUGAACUGAUUACGUAUACAGCUCUUUCUUUGCUGUGUUUUUAUUUAGUACUCGAUGGAAUUGUAAAGGCAGAACAGCUGGCAGAAAAGCUAAACUCUAUAAAAAGUGUCUCUUAAGUGUGGGGAAACUAUCCCAAAACAGAAUCUUCUAUUUCAGCUUAUAGCAUGAGCAAUGCUGAAUGAGAAAUCCUGUAUUGCCCCACAACUACUGACCACAUUGUGCAGAUAACACAUUUAAUAAUUCUGUGGGAAACACAGAAAAGUGGUAGUGAGGGGAAUUCUAUUCCUGUUAUUACUGAUCACUAAAAGAGUAUCACUUCUGUUAAGCAAACUUGAGUGAAAUUGUUACUACAGAAGAAAGAUUCUGCUCUUUAUAGUUAUUGUAACGUUUUUCAAGUUAAGAUUGAAUUUUUUAAAGAAAGGGAAUCGAGGUUUUAUCUGGCAAUGUAUUUCUAUUUUGUGUCACUCCUCUGUGAUUUAUAAUUUAUUAACAGUGUAAAUAGUACUACCAAUGUCUAACUGCAUGAAACAGUUCACAAAAUGGAAUAGUGCGGACAUUCAGAUGUAGCGAGAUAAAAAAAAUUUCAAGAAACAAUCCGUGCAAUGUUUGAUCAAGUCGCGGCUUUUCAAGAGGCAUUCCAAGAAAACACUGCAUCACAAAUUCCCUUUAGGGAGGAAUAAUGCUUAUGGAGUGGGAAGAAAAUAUACAGGCAACCCUGGUGAAGGUCAUUUGUUCUGAGAGCCUCAUUUUAACACUCCAUUAUAUGAUUCCUGUUAUCUUUUGACAGCAAUCAGAGGGGUGUGAAGUUAUGCCUGAGGUGAGGGAGGGAAAUACAUCCUUUCUUGGUGACAAGUUCAUUUUACACAAUACAUCAUACUUUAAACAGUACUCCUGCUCAGUAUGUUGCGUCGGUGUAUAAAAGCUUGGAUUUCAGGUCGUGAUUUAACAAAACAUUAUUGAAAGGUUCAAAAAGUCAAAGUAUGAUUUUAUUUUUUAAAAUAGUCAUGCACUUUAAAUUCUGUCUAGUUAUCAAACAUGUCUUAGCUUUUAAAGUGAUCUAGGUAAUUACUCUAAGUUGGAGCUUCGUCAUUAAUAUUGAAAUUUAUUUCAGAUUUGGCAUGUAAACAGAAUACAAUCAUAACUGUUCAUUAUUUGUGCUUGUAUCAGAAGGAAACAAGCUGCUAUCUCCAAUCAGCUGGAAUAAGUGUUCAGAAUUCCAAAUUGGUAAUUUUUAACAUUUCAACCCCAAACUCAACUAAAACUUAUUAGUUGUAAAUUCUGAAUCUGAUAUCAAUAAUUGGAUUAACUUGCAUUUUUUUUUAAGAAGGGCCAAAAUUAAUUUAACUAUGAAUAGUUUUUGUUUAAAAUACAGCUUUUAUGAAGCAGGCAAGCUUUAAUUUUCAGUUUCUUUAUAAAGUGACUUAAAAAAACAGAAGUACAUUACUGCUUAAAGUAGUCAAGACUUCAAAUCACAUUUUGAAACAUGGAGAUUAACCUGUCCUAUAAUUUUGCAUGACUAAUUUAUUUGCAAACAAAUCUUAUUAUCAAAGCAAUCAUAUCUGACAUGGUUAAAUUUUGUUUUUAAUUGCCUGAUCUGCCCUGAGUGCCUGAUUCAGGUAUUGCUGUUGGUCUGUUUUCUUCUGGCAGGUCAACUCCCAGAACUUCAGCCUGACCAAAUAGACUGUCUCAGCACAGAUGUCAGACUACACUCCCGAAGCAGCUUUGGUAGCUGUUGGGGCUACACCUCCACCAAUUACCUGUCUGAGCUAAAUGAGGGUCCGUGCUACUGGUUUUGGAUAAGUUUACAUUAACAGUCAGUAAAAAAUAACUUCAUGUUAGCAUUUAACAUUACAAACUGUCCAUUUCCUGCCACUUGUUACCUCCCAUUCAUCUGAAUGGAAACUACUGUCUACAUGCAGGCAUCAAUCAGAUAGUGGAUUCAUAGCACAGCGACAGCGUGGAAAAUACCACCGUAAACUUGUAUUAGUGCUGCAAACUCAGAUCCAUAGGGAAACUUAAGUAAGGAUGAGAAAAUUUACUCUCCUUUAAUUUAUUUCAGAAUUAUAGUUAAAAUUGGCACGUAUAAUAUUCCAUUGGCUGAACAUCCAACAUAUGCAACUAAUAUUCAGAUAUUUUACAACUUAAGGUUACAAACAUUCUUUACCUUUCAAAUUACUUGUGAUUUACUUGUACUACUUUAGGCAACAUCAAGACUGCAGCAUGUUUUUUUAAACAACUUACAAUAUACUUUGCACAAGUAUCUAUCUAUGAACUGCAGUAUUUACAAACAAUCACAUCAUCCUUGGCUCAAUAACAUUUGAGAAAUUUAAAAAAAACUAGCAAGCUGAAUGAUUGAUUUAGUACCUGUAAAGCCCAAGGGUUUCCGACCUGGCGUUGAUAUUGGUCCGUGGCAUAAAAAAGGUUGGGAACUCCUGUGUUAGAUCACGUUGCCCUACAUAAAUAGAGCUUAUCCUUUUAAGUUUAUAGUGGACUGUAGGAGCACAAUGUGUAUACAAGAGAUAUGAAUGAAUAAUUUGCUUGGUCAAUAGUUCAAGGGACAAUUUCAGACAUGAUUAUUGCAACUAGAUUUUCUUUUUCAAUGCUUUGGUAACAAAAAAUCACUUCAAGUACUGACUUGAACAGUAUUUUGUCCAGUGCACUGAGGCCAUUAAGGGAAAGGAAAGGUGUGUUAAAGAAAAAGCUGUUGUUCCAAUUGUUGAUGACAGAAGUGUUAAUCAUAUAUAGAUCACAAAUUGUACAUUCAUUUAUUGUUAUUUUUACAAUAAUUCAUCCUGGGAGAAAACUGCAGAAAGAUAGUUCUCCAUAUGUUUUUAGAAGAAAUCUUUUUUUUAAAGAUCAAAAUGGACCUAAGUUUAUAUGACAGCUAAUACGUUUCAAACAGACUGCUGUUCCAAGGACAAUUGUUGGACACUACUUUAUAUUUUGCGUAAGUAUAAGAGGAAUUAAAAUAUCACAUUAAAUUUUACAACUCAAAUUUGACAAGCAGUUUAGUUGUCUCAUGCAGGAUCCUACCAUCCAGGCAAUACUUUGCAUUGCUGUUUUAAAAAAAACUCUAGAUAUUGCAUUUUAUACAGUCUACCUGUGAUCCCAGUUUUGCCAAAAGAGAAGGUAGGCUACACUAUUACACAAUCCCAAGAACUGAAAUCAAGCCGGGUCUUAUAUAUUGUAAUAAAAUUUUUCCCAAUAGCUGUAUACUUGGUAGUAUUUAUCUGUUCAGUAUUUAUUAUGAAUGAAUAAUGCAGACAUUCGAUGUAUUUAUUGUGGUUUGUUGCAACAGUAUAUUGCAAAUUCAUAUCUGUAACUUUUUUUGUUGCUAGUACAUUAGUGCUAAUUGUUAUGGCUGUAUGUAUUAUAUGAGCUUUAGUUUUACAAUGUCUACUUGUUUGUAUUCCAGCUAUUGCAAGGUGCAGACUUGAUAUUUGUACAAUUAACUUGCAUCUUUGGGACCUGUAAAAAUUAGACAAUGUAUUGUUUCAGAAGUUCGUUGUCUUCUUUGCACAUACAGCUGUUGCUUAUAGAUGGUCAGAAUGUGAAAAUUCUAUGUUUUAAUUAUUCUACGUUGCUGUAGGAAAUGAGGCCAAAAUACAGAACUGAAUGAAUUUCCAUCA